CCACCCCACAGCGGGCCCGCCCCAGGGCUGCCAGAGCUCAGAGAUUAGGGGCCCCCUAGAGGGCUCCCCUUCCACCCCAGAGGAGAUGAAAAGAUAGGGGGCUCAGCAGUUGUCAAGUUCCCCCGCAGGCAGUGGGCGGAGUUCCAAGUAAAGAUGGGCGGAGAGGCAGGGCUAGAGGGGAGGGACGCCCGCUGCUAAACUCGCCUCCCUCUUCCAAGUUUCGCUAUGUUGUUUUACAGCCUGGGUCGUCCCGAUCUUCUAACUGAGGAUAAUCCGGUGGAGGGGAGCUCAAAGAAAUGGCAACAAGGACAACGUAGUCAUCAAAGAGGUGAGAGAAAGGGAGAGACGAAGACCAGAGGGGAGAGGAAGCAGAGAGGACCACUGGAAAGUUACGCCCUCGUCAUCCUGCCUCUCCAUCACACCCUUCCCUCUCUGCCUCUUCCUGGUUCUCCAGCAGCAACCAGGAGCCCCCAUUUAGGGUUUAGGUUUAGUCCGUUAUACCCAGAGGAGUGCUGGGGGCAGAGACUGCGUGGUGGGUUGGGGUGGGGUGGGGCGGGGCGGGAAGGACAGACAUGAAGAGCCGCCGGCGGCGACGCCGGCAGCAUCGGAAGCUCCUGUUCUUGCUAGUUUUGUAUACUCUGGUCCUGCUGCUGUUGCCCUACGUCCUGGAUAAUCGCAAGGGGGGCGAGGAGGCGGGCGUCCGGCGCUGUCCCAGUCUUUCAAGCAGCCUGGGCGUGUGGAGCCUGGAGGCAGCGGCUGCCGGGGAGAAGGAGGAGACUAAAACUUUGACCGGGGCCGAAGCGGGAGCCCCGGAGAGCCUGCAGAAUGGGAGUUACUCUGUCCGACGGCCGCCGCCUCUGCAGCGCGAGAAGCAGCACGUCUACCUGCACGCCACUUGGCGGACAGGCUCGUCCUUCCUCGGAGAGCUUUUCAACCAACACCCGGACGUUUUCUAUUUGUACGAGCCCAUGUGGCACCUGUGGCAGGCGCUGUACCCGGGCGAUGCGGAGAGCCUACAGGGUGCCCUGCGAGACAUGCUCCGCUCGCUCUUCCGCUGCGACUUCUCGGUGCUGCGGUUGUACUCCCCCCCGGGAGACCCUGCCGCAUCUGCCCCGACCUCCGCCAACCUCACCACAGCCGCCCUCUUCGGCUGGAAGACCAACAAGGUGAUUUGCUCUGCUCCCCUGUGCCCGGGCGCCCCCAAACCCCGCGCCGAGGUAGGGCUCAUUGACGGGGCCACCUGCGAGCGAAGCUGCCCGCCCGUGGCGCUGCGGGCGCUGGAGGCGGAGUGUCGUAAGUACCCCGUGGUGGUAAUUAAAGAUGUGCGCCUGCUGGACCUGGGCGUGCUCGUGCCGCUGCUGCGGGACCCAGGCCUCAACCUCAAGGUCAUCCAGCUGUUCCGUGACCCGAGGGCGGUGCAUAACUCCCGCCUUAAAUCCAAGCAGGCACUAGUGCGCGAGAGCAUCCAGGUGUUGCGCACCCGCCAGAAGGCGGACCGUUUCCACCGCCUGCUCUUUGCCCAAGGUGUUGGGGCCCGCCCGGGGGCGUCUCUGUUUCGGGCUCAACCUCCGGGCCCCCGGGCGGAUUUCUUCCUCAGUGGAGCCCUGGAGGUGAUCUGCGAAGCGUGGCUGCGGGACUUGCUCUUCGCGGGGAGCUCUCCAGCCUGGCUACGCAGGCGAUACACACGGCUGCGCUACGAGGACCUAGUGCAGGAGCCUCGCACCCAGCUGGCUCGCCUGCUGCGCUUUGCGGGUUUACCCAUCCUGCCGGACCUGGAGGGCUUCGCCCUCAAUAUGACUCGAGGUUCGGGCUACAAUGCUGACCGACCCUUCCUCAUCUCGGCACGGGACGCCAGAGAGGCGGUACAUGCCUGGAAAGAGAGGCUGAGUCAGGAGCAGGUGCGCCAAGUGGAAGCUUCCUGUGGCCAGGCUAUGCGCUUGCUAGCCUACCCGCUCAGUGGAGAGGAAGGAGGCGGCGGCGGCGCGGAGAACUUCCCGGAAGGGAAGGCUCCGGCGGAGAAGCUGAAGAAAGAAGGUGAAGGCACUACAAAACAGCGCCCCAGGUAAACUACCACACGGAAGCGUGCAGUCCGGAAAGAUGAAGAAUCACUGCCAGUGAGAUUACCUUGCACAGUUGGGCUAUUGAGACUUCACUUGACAUUCACUGCUGUACAGUUCUGCAUAGCAGAAAGAAUAGUGAGCAGUUAAACACGACGGACACAUCUGCAAAGACUACAUUUCCAAUAAGGAAGCGACAUAGUGCAAUAUGGAUAUGGUGGCCCUCCAAUAUGGAGGGCUUUAUUUUCCAGCUUGAACCUGCCAGUGGCGAUUGGCGCCCUUCGAAGGGGAUGACGUUCCCGGUGACGAAUGAAGAGGAGACUCGAUUUAUUAUGGUUUCAGAAUUAAUGAUGUUUACAUCACGACUUGGACAGAAAUAUUGAUCUGAAAACCAUGGCAAGUGUGGUCUUUUACCCUAUGUUCAUUUCAUAACUUAAAGAAAACGUCUCGUUUUGAGGUCUGAGUCGGAUCUUUAAAGAAAAAUUAAAAAAAGAUACUUCUAGCUCGUCUUUACCUUCCCUUCUCUAAGCCCAUCCCAGAACUAAUGAAUUGGGAAGAAUUUUCACUCCCAAGCUUCUCUUUUUAAGAAUUACAAACACAAAUGAAAGAGUAAGUUCAGAAGGCAGCCAUGAAGACGCUAGGUUGAUGACAUCAGGUAAAAGUGAGUACUGCCCCAGCGACACAGCACCGGACCGGAACUAUGGAGAGGCUGAAAGAAACCGUCCCUGCCGGAGGCUCACCACUCUUAAUUGUGCCCCUCCCUGGUUGACGCUGGGCUGCUUGCAAGACCACAAACGUGCCAUUAGUGCUUUAGGUUAAAAAGCAGGAGAAUAGAUAGAAAUCACAGGCAGAGAGGUCAGGUAUACAGUAUUUCCCUUGACACUAAGGCACAACCAGGCACAUGGAAAAAGGAUUUUUAUGUCUAAUGCUGCCCUGAUUUUUGCACUCCUUAGGAAAAAAAAAACAACCAAAAAACUCCCCCCAAAACCAAAUGCCCCCAAUCCCCACAAGUUUUUAAGUAAAACUGAAAGAGCCCCAGAUCAGGCCCCACAAAACCCAUUCCAUGUUCCCUCAUGCCAGUCAUUAAUCCUAGUCACAGAUGAUGCUCCAGUAGGGUUGAGCCAAACCAUAGUCUUUUUCUUUGGAAGCAAGGAGGGAAAAUAGGGUAAGAAAUCAUUUUGUAGAAUUUUGGAGAAGUCGGUCUAAGCAGAAGCGAUGAGAAAUGUUCAGUAAACCAUGCAGGAAGGGUUAGAUGGUGAGGGGCCCUCUUGCCGAGCUAGGUAGGAGGCCUGGGAGUCAUGUUUGCAGAACAUUGCAGCCCUUUUUCCUUUGCAAAUCAUAACAUAUUAUUAAAUGAUUAUUAAGUUUCUGCUAUGGUGGUGAAAUUCUGCAGGGGAAAAAAAGACACCACUCAUUAUUGUAGGGAAUUAGGGUUCUUCCUGUUUUAUCUUGGUUCUCUCUCUACUGAAUCAUUUCUUAAAUAUGACGAAACUUCCUUAACAAUUUGAGAGUUGGUCUACAAGAUGAGUUCCUUCCCAUUCCUUUAUGUAGGGGCACAUAGCCCCAUUUUGAAAAGAUAAUUAUUCCAGUGUCAAAAGGUCAAUUCAGGAGAAAUAACACUUAAUAAGAGGUGAAAUAAAUUCUUCUUGCUUUCCUCCAAAGCCUGUAACUGUAGAAGUCAAUGCAGCAAGUGUAUAUGUAAUUCAGUUGUCACAGAAUAAAACUUGAAUCUUUAAUGUUUUUAAAUGUUUAAAAA